CGCCGAGCGGCGCCCGCGGGGCGUGAAUAAAGCUCGGCGGGCGGGGCCGCGGCGCUCCGGGCCGCUCCGGGGCGGCGGCAGGACGAGGCGGGGGCCGGCGGCCGGCGCUGGCGGCCCGGCCCGCCAUGAGCAGAGCGCAGCUGACGCGGACGGGCAUCCUGCGGAUGGCGCUGGGCGGCGGCGCCGACCCGCUGCUGCCGGCGGAGGGCGGCGGGGGCCGGCGGGCGCCCUUCCUGCUGCGGGCGCUGCGCAUCGCCGUGGUGGUCUGCCUCUACUGGUUCACCUCCAUCGCCAUGGUCUUCCUCAACAAGUACCUGCUGGACAGCCCCUCGCUGCGCCUCGACGCCCCUCUCUUCGUCACCUUCUUCCAGUGCGCCCUGACGGCCGCGCUCUGCCUGGGCCUCAGCCUGGGGGCGGCCUGCGGGCCCCCCUGCUCCGGCUUGCCCGCCCUCCGCCUCGACCCCAAGGUGUCCCGCAGCGUGCUGCCCCUCUCCGCCGUCUUCAUCGGCAUGGUCACCUCCAACAACCUCUGCCUCAAGCAUGUCGGCGUGGCCUUCUACAACGUGGGGCGCUCCCUCACCACCGUGUUCAACGUGCUGCUCUCCUACCUCCUCCUCAAGCAGACCACCUCCCUCUAUGCCCUGCUGGCCUGCGGAGUCAUCAUAGGUGGCUUCUGGCUGGGUGUUGACCAGGAAGGAGCAGAGGGCACUCUGUCAUGGACAGGUAUAUUCUUUGGGAUCUUUGCAAGCCUUUGUGUCUCUCUCAAUGCCAUCUACACCAAGAAGGUGCUGCCUGUGGUGGAUGGUAGCAUCUGGCGCCUCACCUUCUACAACAACAUCAACGCCUGUGUCCUGUUCUUCCCCCUCAUGGUGCUGCUGGGCGAGUUCCGCACCCUCUACCACUUUGACAAGCUGGGGAGCCCCAGUUUCUGGGGCAUGAUGACCCUAGGGGGAGUGUUUGGCUUUGCCAUUGGGUACGUGACUGGCCUUCAGAUUAAGUUCACUAGCCCGCUCACCCACAACGUGUCUGGCACAGCCAAGGCCUGUGCACAAACAGUGCUGGCUGUUAUCUACUUUGAGGAGACAAAGAGCUUCUUGUGGUGGACGAGUAACUUGAUGGUUCUCGGGGGCUCCUUUGCCUACACGUGGGUGAAAGGACUGGAGAUGAGAAAGGUGCAAGAAGAUCCCAGUGUCAAAAGCGGUGAAAGAAAUGAGACUGGUGUGUAGGUGGCUCCUGCACCUCUAUUUUUGGGCCUGGAGGGGGAUAAACCUUUGGUGCUCCUUUCCUCCUGGGGAGAAGAAGAGCAAGGAGCAGGAAAAAUGCACCUGCAAAGUGUAUAGGGAACUGUGUCAGGAACCAGAGCCAAAGACCUGACUGGAUCAUGUUUUAUCUCACCCUGUGUCAGAGUUGGGGAGAGCAUGUGUUGUAGAGAUCAACUGGGGAUUUUUUUGUGAUUGUUUUUUUAAAAUGGAUGUUGUUAUUUACCUAAUCUGGGAAAUUUGCAUCUUGAGGGGGGAGGGGAGGGGUGGGCUCAUAUCAGACAAAGACCAGAAUGGGAGCAUUAUGUAGUUAGGGAUCUAGAAUUAACUAAAUGAAUGCAAUCUGAAGUUAAAAAAUCCUGGACCUGCAGAUAAGGAAGAAGCAAGUAGCCAGUCUGUUUGAGUUAGACUUCAGUAAACUGUUCUGCUGUAUAAGGUUUUUGCAACAGCUGUUCUUCCUGUUGCCCCAUUCAGUGCAGAGGAUGGAAAUUCUCUCCCUUCUGGCUAUGUGCAAGUCUAAGUAACAGCAGUGCCUCCACAACACCUUUCCAAAGAGUCAGUAUCACAUCCUUCUGAGGUUUUAUCCUGUAUUGCUUUACACCUGACUUAUCAGUUUGAUGAAGCAUGCUACGACUCAGGAAUUAAACUUCUCAUUCUCUCUGCA